AUGGAGAAGAAAGACGAGAGAAACAAAGGCAAUCAUGCAGAGAAUGAUCAGCAGCUUCCUCUAAUGGCGCUCAACCAUAUUUCAAGACUGUGCAGGUGUGUGAAGGAGUCUGUUGAUUUCUACACCAAAGUUCUUGGGUUUGUGUUGAUCAAACGGCCGAAAGCGUUCCACUUCGACGGCGCGUGGUUGUUCAAUUAUGGCGUGGGGAUUCACUUGGUGCAUUCUGAGGAUGAAGAGAGGUUGGCCCAUUCGGAUGACUUGGAUCCCAUGGAUAACCAUAUCUCAUUUCAGUGUGAAGAUAUUGAAGCAGUGGAGCAAAAACUGAAGGAGCUGAAAAUAAAGUACAUGAAAAGGACAGUGGAAGAUGAAAAUGGGACAGCUUUGGACCAACUCUUUUUCAAAGAUCCAGACGGAUUCAUGAUAGAGAUUUGUAACUGCGAAAAUCUCAAGCUGGUUCCUGCAGCUUCUUUCGGCAACAUAAAACUUCCCCCAAUCGAGUUGGAGGCAAUGAUAUUUGCCAAUUAG